AUGGCCUCUGCAACCAGCUUCUACGACUUCAAGCCGCUCGACAAACGCGGCCAGGAGGUCCCCCUCGCCGACUACAAAGGCAAAGUCGUCCUCGUUGUCAACACGGCCUCCAAGUGCGGCUUCACACCGCAGUACGAGGGCCUCGAGAAGAUUUACAAGUCCAUCAAGGACAAGUAUCCUGAUGACUUUACCAUUCUCGGCUUCCCUUGCAACCAGUUUGGCGGCCAGGAACCCGGCACCGAUGACGAGAUUCAGAACUUUUGCCUCGUCAACUAUGGCGUCAGCUUCCCCAUUAUGCAAAAGAUUGAUGUGAAUGGCGACAAGGCAAGUGACCUGUACGAGUGGCUCAAGGCCGAGAAGCCCGGCUUGAUGGGUCUGAAGCGCAUCAAGUGGAACUUUGAAAAGUUCCUCGUCGGCCGCGAUGGCACCGUCAAGGGUCGCUGGGCGAGCACCACGAAGCCCGAGUCGCUGGAGAAGCCGAUUCUCGACGAGUUGGAGAAGAAGUAG